AUGGAUAGUACCACAAGACUAUAUCAAGACCAAAGUCCCUUGCUAUCCGACCCUUUUGUAUAUCGUCGUUUGGUUGGCCGUCUUAUCUAUCUCACCACUACUCGACCGGACAUCAUGUAUGCCACUCAACAAUUAAGUCAAUUCAUGGCAUCUCCUACUGAAUCUCAUCUUCAAGCUGCCAAGCAUGUGUUACGAUAUCUGAAAACUAGUCCUGGCAAAGGACUUUUCUUUCCAAGGGAAUCAGAAAUUCGGCUUCUCGGCUUCAGUGACUCUGAUUGGGCCGGAUGUCCUGACACUCGGCGAUCUUUAACAGGGAAGAAGAUGCCAAUUAUAGGCCUUGGAACUGCAACAGUCCUCUUCCACCCAAUGAAGAACUCACUUCAAUUUUGGUUGAAGCCAUUGGAGUUGGUUACAGGCAUUUUGACACUGCAGCAAUAUAUGGCACAGAAGGAUCUUGUUCUCUGA